AUGAGGUUCUUUCAAUGCCUUAAGUCUCUGGCCUAUUUGGGUGGUGUGGUACAUGCCUUUAGUGGCUUGCACUCAGCUCGCCAUGGUCUUCUUCAGAUUCCACCUUCAUUUGCACAUGAUGAAAUCAACAUGUACCCUGCUCUUCAUCCCGAGCACGACUCCAACAACUACAACCAUCUAAUCCCCGAGGAUACUAAAGAACUCUACUACAGUCAGGAAGGACAUCGCCCUGCCCUACAUGGUGCAAAACAUGGCCGGUUGCAAGCGACCUUCUCGCGACCUUCGGUUGUUUUGGACCACUCCAGCCAUAUCGAAGACGUCAAUUGUGGUAAUGAGCAUAUCGAAGUCUGCUUUUCUCCCGAGGCAUACCCAACUGUGGAAAGAGAAUGGUCCAAAUAUGACAGCAGCUCAUUCAAUCUCAUUACUUACCAUAUUGGAUGUGGUCACCUUAAUGGAGAGUUCCGGUCAUUCUUUAUUGCAUCCAACCCUAUUUUCGAGAACAACUGUGUGACUGUUCUCGCAGAGCUUACUGAUGAACAGGAAGAGAUUCAGGAAGGACAUCUAAACUGGGGAACAUAUCAACAUCCAAAUCUGGCCAAGCGUGAGCCUACAUUAGGACAUAUCAAGGUUGAAAAAUCAGACCCGCAGCUACAAAUGCAAGAUUUGAUGAGCUCAGGCUUUUUCGGCAAUGGAACAAUUGGAAUGGACGACCUCACAGCGAAUGGAACGGCUGUUAAAGAUUUCUUUGGAACCGAUUCCAUUAACACCGAUAUUCCGGAUGAGUACGAAAUAGGCCUUGACUACCUCUCGGAUGAGGAAUAUGACGACCUUAUUAAGCGAGGUCUAUUUUCUUGGAUUCAAUUGACUAACAAGCGACUAUCAAAGGCAGUUGUUAGUCUUAUCGAAAAGACGCGGAAGCUUGUUGAACUAGCAGUCAAGGUCAUAAUUGCAAUUGCAGUGAUCACUGUGAAAUUGUUAAUGGUCCCCUUCGGGUUCCCAUUUGAGCAAGAUUAUCACGCAGAUAUCGCCUUUGAUCAGAGAACUGGUGGGAAAAAACUUGGAUCAGAUAUAGCCAGUUCUCUUGGAGGGACCCAAAACAACUUUGUUCUCUCUAAACCUGGCGCAGCCGUGCUGAUGGAAUGCGAAAGUUGUGGAGCCAAGGCAAACUUCAGCUUCGGUGGAGAACUAGCAUUUAGCAUCAGCAAGGGUAUCUAUAAGGCACAAGUAUUCUUCACUAACCAUGAGGCUUUCAUAUUCGAUGCAGUCUAUGGCAUAACUGUUGAUGCAAAAGCGUUUAAGUCAAAGGGAAAGCUGAAAACGACAAUUGAGAAAGAGUUAUUCGCCAUUCCGUUUUUCGCCAUUAAGAUCCCAAAGAUCAUCACAAUUGGACCACAGGCAGUUGUUAAUGCCGCUGCAAGCAUAUAUGUCGAUUCUCAUGCUGAGCUACGUGCUGGAGCUAGAUUUUCAAUCGCUGCAGGAGAAGUAAUCUUGGAUGCCAUAGAGCCCAAAAGAAAUAAAGCAUCAGGCUUUCAACCAAGCCUCGAGCCAAUAUUUGAGCUCAGAAAAGGAAAUGUCGUUGCGACUGCAGAUCUAGCACUACCAGUUGGAGUCGAAGUGGCCCUGGAUAUCCUCGGCGGCACAUGGAAGAAAUCUGUUGGCGUGUAUACAGCGCCCUCUGUGUACUUCACAGCAGGAAUCUCCUCUGGUGAAGGGAAUGCAUGUGAUAACGGAAUCGAGAUGCGAGUUGGGGCUAAAAACCGAGUCUAUACUUCCGCGCUCGGUCUAUGGGAAUACGAGUUUAAGGAAUUGGGGGUAACAUUCUUUGAAACAGGUCUCGGCUGCCUCUCAAGAAAAGGGUUUGAUGCAGAGCAGGUACAGCCGACGACUCUGUUUAAUAAGGUUGCGAGUACAUUUGGUGGGGAGAGCAAACUUGCUUCUAACAAAACCAUCGCGCUGGCCAAGCCAGAGCCAGUGAUUUAUAAGGACGAACAUCUGUCAAAAACCAGCAAAGCCAACAGCAAAAAGCUAAGACGGUUGCCAAAAACGAGUGGCUUCCGCCUAAUUCAAGAUGCUAAUCAAACAGCGACUCUAGUCGCUGGAAAGGAUGGCCGAAUUUACUUGGCCAGCAACUCGGCCCAGUACGAUAUCAGCGCACCCUGGGGCGGUCUGCAAGUUAAUAAAAAUGUCUUCAGCUACGACGUCUUCGGACGUCUCAUCUGGUUCAAUGCUAAAUAUCUCGAGGAAGCUUUUAAAGACGAAAAGCUCAAGAAAAAAAGAAACUACCAGGAAUACGACACAGUACUCGACACAAACGGAAAGCCAAAUUAUAUAAAGUAUUUCACUCCCUGGUAUCGCAUGGUAGACCUGGGUGUCUCCGCAGCUCAGCAUAUGCCCAAAGGCGCUCAAUCUGCGUAA